AUGGAACAGGGAGCGACAAGCGGUCGAUCAACAUGCUCUAUAUAUAACAAAGAAAGAGUCGUAUAUAAAUGUGGAGGAUGCUCACAAGAUUGUUGUUUCGAUCAUUUAGCGAAACAUCGUCAAACACUUAGUAAGCAAUUGAAUGAAAUUGAAAAUGGUCGCGACCAGUUUCACCAAACACUUGUUGAACAAAAGAAAAUUCCAAGAAUACUUCCAUUAAUACAGGAAGUUGAUAAAUGGGAGGAAGACUCCAUUAAGAAAAUUAAACAAACAGCAGAGGAGUGUAGACAAAUAUUAAUUGAACAUCAGAAUAAACAUUUUAUCGAAAUAGAAAAGGAAUUAUCUCAAUUAACUGAACAGCUAAAAAAAAUUCGUCAAGAAAAUGAAUUUAAUGAAAUUGACUUAGACAGAAUUAAAACAAAAUUAACAAAACUAAAAGAAAAACUUAGUCAACUACCAAAUAUUAAGCUUCAACAAAAUUCUGCUUUACUUAUUAAAAAACUUUCCACUGUUGUGUCAUCUGAAACCCAUGAAGAACAUAAAUUUAAUAAAAAUGAUCUAAAUCAAAUUCAAACAAAAUGUGAAAAAGAACUUGAUCAGCUGCCAAACAUUUCAAAUUCGAAUGAUUCUACAUCCGUUGUAGAUAAGAGUUCAAUCAAUGUAUCAUCUGCAUAUGGCAAUAAGGCUAAGACUUAUCACAGAAAUCAAGAAUGUUCUGACUCGCGAAAUGAAAAUCGUAAUGGGGGUUGCGACAACGGCGAUAAGAGCCGUAGUGGUGAUAGUUCAAUUGGUGACGCUGGCAGUCUUGAUUUUGUGAUGUCUGCGAAUCAUUGUAUUUCAUCAAUGCCUCUCAGAUUUUGCAAUCCGAGAAAUCAGCAUAAAGAUAACGACAACAGGGACACAGAAGCUAAUUUUAGUGGUUGGCAAGGUGAUGCAGAAAUCAAUUCAACGAUCCGUGUUGAUUUCAAUACUGUUGGUAUUGGAUUUCGAGGUGGUCAAGUCGUACGUAGAAGGCGAGUCAAUUCUGCUGUUCAUGGUAAGACAAGAUCAAAUAAAUAUGAAACAGUUGCUUGUGUUUGUCUUGUAGAUAAUCAUCGUAGUGAUGACUGUGACAGUGGUGGAAACUAUGACGAUUUUAGUUUUUUCAGAGGUCGCGGUAGAGGUAAGUCUGGUGGUAGUGGUCAUCGCGGUAGAUUUAGAACACGCGACAGCGUCACUCCUGGUAGACUUAAUUCAGGUAGUGGCGAUUGUAAUGUUAAUUCAGUGUCAUCGGCCAUCGGUGACAGUUCAUCAAUGUCUGUCAGGUUGCAUAAUUCAAGAGAUCAACAUGGAGAUGAUGAAAGUGAUGCAAAAUCGAGUAUUCGUGGUUCACAAGAUGGCGCAGGAAGUAAAACAGCUAAUGAUAAUGAUUUCAACGAGUCAGCUAGAAGUACAACAUGCAUUAAAACAAACAUCCAUGGUGGCUUUAAUACUAGUCGUAUUAGAUUUCGAGGUGGUCGAGGCAUGUGCGGAGGACGAUUCAGUUCAGUUGCUCAUGGUAAGAUACGUUUAUAUAAAUAUGGAAAAUUGGGUUGCCUUUGUCUUGUAGAUAAUCGUGGUCGUGAUGGCGGCGGCAACACUGGUGGUCGUGCGUGUGGUCAACUUAGUAAACGUUAUGUUCCACCACUUCCACCAACAAUUGAAGAUGGUAUACUUGGUGAAGCAGUUACUAAGGACGCAAAUUUUGGAAAAUAUCAUCAAACACACGUUCAGUACAAAGUAAAACCAAUCAAAUUAUAUGAAGAAGCUAAUCGUGGUACACAAGUUUUAUCAAAUAUUCGUCGUGCUCAUUUUGAAGAACUAACAGCUAUUCAACUUUAUACAAUACCUUGUAUACGACAGCAAAAUGAUAUAAUGGCUUGUGCUCAAACUGGAUCUGGUAAAACAGCUGCUUUUCUCUUACCAAUCAUUUCAAAUUUGCUUGAAUAUCAUGCUGAUAAGUUAUCUGAAAAACUUCAUCCAUCAUCACCACUUUGUCUUAUUGUUUCACCUACACGUGAACUUGCUCUACAAACAGAACGUGAAGCAAGAAAAUUUGCAUAUCAAACCGCUGUUAUACCUUGCUCUGCUGUUGGUGGUCAUGAUAUGUAUGCUGUAUCAGAUCGUCUCCGAGAAGGUUGUCAUAUUCUAUCAGCUAUUACCGGUCGUCUCAAAGAUAUGGUUGAAAAAGGCCGAGUCUCAUUGAGAAAAGUUAAAUAUUUCGUUCUUGAUGAAGCCGAUCGAAUGUUAGACACAGGUUUUGAACCUGAUAUACGUAAAUUAGAAGAUCUUGGUUUACCACUAAAAGAUGAACGUUUUACAUCCAUGUUUUCUGCAACAUUUUCUAAUGAAGUACAACAAUUAGCUCAACAUUUUCUACGUGAAAAUUAUGUAUUUCUUGCUGUUGGUAUACCUGUUGGUGCUAAUGAAGAUAUAGCACAAACAAUUGAAGAAGUACCACAUUCAAGAAAAAAGGAUCGUCUUUUUCAACUACUCGAAGAAAAUAUCGAAUUUGAACGUUGUUUAAUAUUCGUUGAAACAAAACGAUCAGCUGAUUAUAUAGGUGCAUUACUUUCACAAAGACAAUUCAUGACUACAACAAUGCAUAGUGAUCGAACACAACGACAACGAAGUAAAGCUAUAGAACAAUUUACAAGUAGAAAAUGUUCAAUACUCGUUGCAACAACAGUUGCUGCUUGUGGUUUAGAUUUUCCAUUAAUUGGUAAUGUUGUUAAUUAUGAUUUACCAGAUACAAAUGACUUUCAUAUUCAUCGUAUUGGUCGAACAGGUGAAAUUAAUCGAGAUUCUGAUAGAAAAAUCGCUCCUGAACUUGUAUUAAAAUUAAACGAAGCUGGUCAAACAGUACCUGAAUUUCUUAGAAAAUAUGUUGAUGAUGCCAAUGUUGGAUUUUAUAAUGAUGGUCAAGGUUCACGAAAUACUGAUAUGAGAUCUGAAUGUAAUAAUUUUGGUAGCCGAAAUCAAGCAAGUGGUCCUACUGGUGGUACAACUUCUGCUGCUGCAACUAAUGAAACUUGUGAUUAA